CAUUAAAUAGGUAUUGCUGGUGGUUUUUAGAUGAAGACGCGUAUGAUCCAGCGACCAACUUGGAUGAUGAAAUGGGUGACGAGGAGCGUCCCGCACAAUUCGAUUCCCCGCCUCCCGCUCCCCCGGCACCGGCCAUACAGCAGCCGCCGCCAUCGGUACCGCCGCCAUCGUUACCGCCGCCGCCAUCGUUACCGCCGACCGAGGCCGUGCCAGGCACAUCAUCAUCGGCUAUCUUACCUGAAGGGCAAGAGACAGACGCUACGGUAAACUUAGAUCCUGUCAUUCUAGAUCUUUUAGGAGAGGACCCUUCUACUAAAAAGAGUUAUGGUGCAAGUUUACAUAAAGAUAUUGCCCCGAGGUGGGCUCAUAUCCUCACUAAUGGUCUGACGAAAGAAUCUCAAGCGGAUCUAAUAAAACAAUAUCGGUUACCCGAAAACUGCACCAAUUUAUCAUCCCCAAAAUUGAAUCCUGAGAUAAAAGCCGCGCUCUCUGAGUUAAAUAUCAAACAAGAUCAAUAUAGCCAGGGCAAACAAAAUCAAAUUGGAAGCGGUCUCGCAGCUCUAGGACAAGCUUUAAAUUGGGUUGUUACAGCCAAAGAUAUUAUCCCCCCAGAUAUAGUUAAAGCUUUAAUUGACGCCGGGAGGCUUAUCUGCGACAACCACUACAGGGAAUCGUUAUCGCGUAGAUAUGCGAUACUAAACACACUUAACAGAAACAUCAGAGAUACUGUUAAAGAUACAAAGAUUGACGAAAAUCUCUUUGGAUCCAACUUAUCUGACCACUUGAAAUCAUCAAAAGCAAUAACGAAGACUGGCUCAGAAAUGAAGCCUGCGCCCCGAGCACCAUACAGGGUGCCAUCAGCUUUCCAGCCACAAAGAGGAGCUUUAAACUCGAGGGGGAACUCGCGCGCAGCACCGACCGAGCCGCGGACAGCCCCUGCGUCCCGCCGGCCGCCGCAUCCCCCGCCGCCGCGAGAUCGCCGCCAGCCUGCCACGCGGGGCCGUCAUCGCGCUUCUGGCUACUCGAGACAUCAGAGGAGACAUUAAUGGAACCACAGGUACUGGUAGCAGGACGCUUAAAAUAUUUUUACAAUAAAUGGACCGAACUUACCGAUGAUCAUACUAUCCUAAAUUGGGUCAAAGGUUAUAAAAUACCGUUCAAAGAACAGCCCAUACAGACAAUACAACCAAAAAAUAAUGCUUGUAUUUCUCAUUCUCAAAUGACCAUUAUCGAUGAUUGCAUUACCGAACUUUUAACGUCUAAAUUCAUCUCACCUUGCACACCUUGUGAAGGUCAAUUCAUUUCCCCGAUCUUUACAGUGCCUAAGCCAAACGGGAAAAACAGGUUCAUAUUAAAUUUAAAAAUGUUAAAUAAGUAUAUUGAGGUGGACCACUUUAAGAUGGAGGACUACCGCACUGCCCUUAAGCUUUUACAAUGUAAUUAUUAUAUGGGUUCUAUUGAUUUACAAGAUGCGUAUUUUCUAAUCCCAAUAGAUGAAAAUGAUAAAAAGUUCUUGCGCUUCGAAUGGAAAUCACAAAUAUACGAGUUUAAUGUACUCCCGUUUGGCCUAUGCAGUGCUCCAUAUGUAUUCACUAAGCUGUUAAAACCUGUUUUGCAAUACUUACGCUCAUCGGGUUUAAUGUCAGUAGCUUAUCUUGAUGAUUUUUUAUGCAUCGGCCAAACUUAUGAUGAGUGUUUGAAAAACAUUAGCAUAACGAAAGAUAUUUUGGAAUCUUUGGGGUUCGUGAUAAAUACUAAGAAGAGUGUAAUGGUACCUAAUAAGACUUGUACGUUUUUGGGCUUCAAAUUUGACACUAAACAUAUGAUUAUUACUUUGCCAGAAGAGAAAAAAACACGUAUUAGGAAUAAAGCUAUAGAAUUGAUGAGAAAAAGUAGCUGCACUAUUAGACAAUUUGCAGAAUUCAUAGGUUUACUAACCUCCGCAUGCCCAGCCGUGAGUUAUGGUUGGAUGUACACCAAACUAUUCGAACGAGAAAAAUUCCUCGCUCUCAAUAAUAGUGAGGACUAUAAUAGGCGAAUGGCAAUAGGGUCGUUUCUAAAAAAUGAUUUUUUAUGGUGGAUAGAUAAAAUCGGUUCAUCUUUUGGCCCUAUUAGAAAAAACAAUUACCUUAUGGAAAUAUUUAGCGACGCUUCUAAUACUGGCUGGGGCGCAGCAUGCGGGGGUCAAAGUGCAAACGGUAAUUGGACUGAUUCAGAAUUACAUCUUCAUAUAAAUACUCUCGAAUUAAAAGCAGCUUAUUACGGACUAAAAAUAUUUACCGAAAACGUACAAGACUGUGAUAUAUUGUUGAGGAUCGACAACACCACUGCCAUUAGCUACAUAAACAGGAUGGGAGGUGUGCAACACCCCCAUUUGAACGAUUUAGCUCGUAAAAUAUGGCAGUGGUGUGAAGACAAGAAUAUCCAUAUAUUCGCCUCUUAUAUAAAAUCCUGCGAAAAUGUAAUUGCCGAUAGGGAAUCUCGCCGAAUCAAUAUCGACACGGAAUGGGAAAUCUGUCAACCAGUUUUCGUACAAAUAACCAACCUAUUAGAACCUGCCAUCCACUUCACGCGGACCUU